AUGACCUCUGGCCAUCAAGGGACCUGGUUCUCCUGGCGAAAGGUUCUCGGAGCAAACCUAGCUCUCGGCGUCCUUAUUGAUACUCCGGUAAUAUUCGCAAUCGUCGCCCAUGGCAUGACCCCCAUCAAUGUCGUCUUUCUAAUCGACUGUUUUGCCGACAUGAUACGCUCCGACAACUUCCGCAACGCUACACAUCGUUGUCUCCAAUACUGUGGUGAUAAAGCAAAGGCGAUCCGCGAGGCUCUAUGUGCAUUCACGCUUCCAAAGCUGCAAGCAACAUACAACAAAGCCACGAUGCUGUACGAAACCAUCUCCCCAACAAUCCUCCGCUGGUGCCAAGCUAUGAAACAUUUCAGCCCCGCGAUCUCACGAUACAUAUUCACCCGGGUAGUGCCUACCGCUCACUUCCGCCUAGAUGUGACAGGGAUGGGGAAUUCUAAGAUUGAAGUCUUCGGUGACGGGAAUAGACAGGUGGUGACUCUGAUACAUCAAGACGGGAAUCGAGAAAGACGGACGGAAUACAGUGGUGAGAAGCUAAAAGGAACUUGGAGCGUUGGAGGUAUGACAGUCAGUCUCAGGUAA